GCCUUGGCCUUACACAAUAUUUCAGCGAGGCUUUGACCUGGUUUUGGGAGAGCAGCCCUCUGAUAAAAUAUUCAGAUUCACCUAUACCCUUGGGGAGGGCAUGUGGCUGCCCCUCAGCAAGAGUUUUGUGAUUCCUCCCGCGGAACUUGCCAUCAAUCCCUCAGCAAAGUGUAAGACAGACAUGACUGUGAUGGAGGAUGCAGUGGAAGUCAGGGAGGAGCUGAUGACGUCAUCCUCCUUCGACAGCCUGGAGGUUCUCUUAGAUUCCUUUGGGCCAGUGCGUGACUGCAGCAAAGAUAAUGGAGGCUGCAGCAAGAAUUUCCGCUGCAUUUCAGAUCGCAAGUUGGACUCCACUGGUUGCGUGUGCCCAUCCGGACUCAGCCCCAUGAAGGACAGCUCAGGCUGCUAUGACCGCCACAUCGGGGUGGACUGUUCAGAUGGCUUCAAUGGUGGCUGUGAGCAGCUAUGUCUCCAGCAGAUGGCUCCCUUCCCUGACGACCCUGCCUUGUACAACAUCCUCAUGUUCUGUGGGUGCAUCGAGGACUAUAAACUUGGUAUAGAUGGACGCUCUUGCCAACUCGUCACGGAGACCUGCCCAGAAGGAGGUGACUGUGGGGAAAGCAGAGAGCUUCCCAUGAACCAGACUCUCUUUGGGGAUAUGUUCUUUGGUUACAACAAUCAUUCCAAGGAAGUGGCAACUGGACAGGUGCUGAAAGGAACAUUCAGGCAAAACAACUUUGCUCGUGGUUUAGACCAGCAGCUGCCGGAUGGGCUUGUGGUGGCCACUGUCCCCCUGGAAAAUCAGUGCCUAGAGGAAAUCUCAGAGCCCUCCCCUGACCCCGACUUUCUGACUGGUAUGGUGAACUUCAGUGAAGUAUCUGGGUACCCCGUGCUGCAGCGCUGGAAGGUUCGAUCUGUGAUGCAUCACAUCACACUCAACCAAGCUGCCAUAUCUCAGGCCUUCAGCAAUGCUCUCCACUCCCUGGAUGGGGCUACAACUCGUGCAGAUUUUGUAGCCUUGUUGGACCAGUUUGGCAACCAUUACAUCCAGGAAGCUAUCUAUGGCUUUGAGGAGUCCUGUUCAAUCUGGUACCCAAACAAGCAAGUGCAGCAUCGACUCUGGCUGGAGUAUGAAGACAUCAGUAAAGGUAACUCCCCAUCUGAUGAGUCGGAGGAGAGGGAAAGAGACCCCAAGGUGCUGACAUUCCCAGAAUACAUCGCUAGCCUGUCAGACUCUGGCACCAAGCGCAUGGCAGCUGGAGUCCGCAUGGAGUGCCAAAGCAAGGGACGAUGUCCCUCAUCUUGCCCCUUGUGUCAUGUGACGUCCAACCCUGACACCCCUGCUGAGCCAGUUCUGCUGGAGGUGACCAGAGCAGCCCCCAUCUAUGAGCUGGUGACCAACAACCAGACCCAGAGGCUCUUACAGGAGGCCACCAUGAGCUCUCUCUGGUGCUCAGGGACUGGAGACGUCAUCGAGGACUGGUGUCGGUGUGACUCUACUGCUUUUGGAGCAGAUGGACUCCCCACCUGUGCACCUCUCCCACAGCCUGUGCUAAGACUGUCCACAGUUCAUGAGCCCAGCAGUACCCUUGUGGUUCUGGAGUGGGAACAUUCAGAGCCACCAAUUGGGGUGCAGAUUGUAGAUUACCUCAUCCGUCAAGAGAAAGUCACCGACAGGAUGGACCACUCCAAAGUGGAGACAGAAACAGUGCUGAGCUUUGUGGAUGACAUCAUCUCUGGAGCAAAGGCCCCCUGUGCCAUGCCAUCUCAGGUACCAGAUAAACAGCUCACCACCAUCUCUCUUAUCAUACGAUGUUUGGAGCCUGACACCAUUUACAUGUUCACUUUAUGGGGAGUAGACAACACAGGACGACGAUCCAGGCCCAGUGAUGUGAUCGUGAAGACCCCAUGCCCUGUCGUAGAUGACGUCAAAGCCCAAGAAAUAGCAGACAAAAUCUACAAUCUUUUCAAUGGCUAUACCAGUGGGAAGGAACAACAGACUGCCUACAACACUCUUCUGGAUCUGGGUUCCCCCACCUUACACCGAGUCCUCUACCACUAUAACCAGCACUAUGAAAGUUUUGGAGAGUUCACCUGGAGGUGUGAGGAUGAAUUAGGCCCCAGGUAAUCAAUAAACU